AUGCAGUCCUCCAUCCUCCUCAUCGCCUCCGCGGCUGCCCUCGCCGCGGCCACGGCGCCCACCAACAACAUCCACGCCCGCUCCCUGGCCUUCUUCCGUCGCCAGGACUCGACCCCCUCGGCCGAGUGCCUCUCCGCCGCCAUCGACAUCGUGUCCAGCAUCCCCACCCCCGCCGCCGACGUCCUCGCCUACCUCGCCACGGCGCCCGACUCGGUGACCUCCGACCCCUGCCGCAUCACCUUCCCCGCCUCCCUCUCCUCUGAGGUCGAGGACUGGGUCACCUCGCUGUCGGCCUUCUCCUCCGAGUCGGCCUCCGCCCUCUCGAGCAUCAUCUCCGAGUGCGGCGGCGCCGACGCCACCGACCUCGGCGCCGGCGUCUGCGCCUCCGAGCCUGCCUUUGUCUACGUCAACGGCGGCGCCUCCGGCACCGCCGCCGCCACUUCGGCCCAGGAGACGGGCUCCUCGGGCGCGGCCCCUACCACCGCCGGCGGCGCGGCCACGACGCGCUCCACUACCGCGUCGGCCUCCCAGUCCACUGGCGCCGCCGCCACGACUGCUGGCAACGAUUCUGGCGCUGCUGACCGUCUGCCUUUCGGUGCCGCCGUCGUCGCUGUCGCUGGCGUUGUCGGCAUCAUUGCUGCCCUCUAA